AUGUUUCGUGAUCGAAAAUUGGUUGACAUAGCAAAUAAGAACGAUUUUAACGCGUGGGAUAAGGAGGAAAUAAAAGAUACUGCUCUGGAAAAGGCGAUAAAGAAAGUACAGGAUGACAAUCUAUGCAUUUCGAACAACCAGUUUGAGAUCAACAGCGAAAAAAGUUGGGACAAGUUUUACAGAAUGCACCAGGAUAACUUUUUCAAAAACAGGAAGUGGAUCAUUGAAGAGUUCAAAGAUAUUUUGAGCAGAAGAAAAAUUUUAGAGAUUGGAUGCGGUGUGGGAAGUUCAUUGCAUCAUUUCUUUAAGAUCAAUGAGGAUGAAGCAGCCAUCAGUUCUGCUCUGAACGAGUCACGCUUUGAUAUCUACGGUUGUGACUUUUCACCGAAAGCGGUGAGUAUAUGCCAGAAGAAAUACAAGGGCACGUUUUUUAUCCACGACUUAACUUCAGAUGUGCCGCUUCCGACCGGAUUUGACACCAUACUCCUUAUUUUUACACUGUCGGCCAUAGAGCCAAAAUACCACGCGCAUGUUCUUGAAAAGGCGUAUAAAGCUCUGAAUCCAAACGGACGUUUGUACUUUAAAGACUACGGCGUUCUUGAUAUGGUGCAGCUGAGGUAUAAGAGCAACAAAAUUGUGGAGCAGAACUUUUACAUGAGAAACGAUGGAACAUUAACAUAUUUUUUUGGCGAAGACUACUUUCGAAGCCUUACCGGUGAAUUUAAAAUAGUGGAAUUUAUGAUGGAUAAACGGUUAUUGAUCAACAGAAAAAGAAAUUUGGACAUGUAUCGUGUGUAUGUCCAGUGUGUCCUUGAGAAGUGAAAUGCUGUGAAGUGGCUGACAAUAACCGCUUUUGUCUGCCCCGUAGCACCUGAUAAUUUGCUGAGGUUCACACCAACCUCUGUUAUUAUUUUUAAGCAGGGCUGUCCCAAUGAGUAUACAUGGUAUUUUAAACAAAAUAUCGAAUUAUCUAGGAUUGUAGGAACUUUAUGAUGGUAUUUUGCGCCUUUCUAAACACAAAUAGUGUUACCACACAAUAAAAC